AUGGCAGCUGCCGUGUUCAUCAAAGUCCACACACCUGCUCAUGGAGUCAGAGUUACGCUGCUCUGCUCCAAAACCAAGGUAGCUCCGUUAAAACGACUAACGAUACCAAGGUUAGAACUCACCGCAGCUCACAUGUUGGCAAAACUCACCAAACACUGCCAGAGCACUCUAAAUCUCACUCAAUCGCCAAUAUACUUGUGGACGGACUCAACAAUUACACUCACGUGGAUUAAAUCUCAUCCGUCUCGCUGGAAGGAGUUUGUUCGGAAUAGGGUGUCACAUAUUCAAGAUCUACUUCCAGAUGGUCACUGGAAUUUCAUUCCGGGCACACAAAAUCCAGCAGACUGCGCAACACGAGGGUUGACACCUACUCAACUCCGUGAUCAUCAACUAUGGUGGACUGGCCCACCAUGGUUGCUCAAGAGUUCAUCGUCCUGGCCUAAAUGUCCAUCAAUCGAUGAUACAGGAGCUCAAGCAGAAGAACGGCCUGGACUGGCCCUGUUCUCAUCGAAUUCAUCACUGAAAUCAAAUUGGCCUAUCAUGGAACGGCCAAUACCACUCCUACGCAUGUUACGAGCUACUGCAAUCUGCUUUAGACUCCGUGACAUGAUCAAGAAAUUACCAAACUCAUCACUCAAGGCUCCAAUUACCUCUGACGAAGUAAUUUCAGCACUCAACUUCUGUAUCAAAGAAACUCAACGCAUUCAUUUUUCAAACGAGAUCAACAUGCACUCUAAACACGCACCAUGGCCUAAUGGUCAUCCAUUUGCUCGAUUGGUUGCAUUCAUUGACACCGACGGCAUCAUUCGAGUAGGUGGACGGUUGGAAAAUUCUCCAAAUCAAGACCAAAGUAAGCACCCUGCUAUUCUACCACGGAAUGCGGCAAUCACUAAACUCAUCAUCUCUGAUGCUCAUCAGCGUACCAUGCAUGGUGGUACUCAACUUACCCUUGCAUUCGUACGACAAAAGUACUGGAUCAUUGGCGGUAGACAACCAGUACGCUCAAUUAUACUCAAAUGUAUAAGAUGCGCACGACAUCGUGCUGAUAGAGCUCAACAACUCAUGGGUCAGCUCCCAGUAUCACGAGUCACUCCAUCAUCUGCAUUCACUCACACUGGAGUUGACUAUGCUGGUCCAAUAACACUCAAAAAUUGGAGACGCAGAGGAGCAAAAACAUACAAAGGCUGGAUUUGUGUUUUUGUCUGCCUUUCUACGUCAGCAGUACAUCUAGAGGUAGUCAGCGACUACAGCUCUAGUGGGUUCAUCGCAGCACUCCGCAGAUUUAUCAGCCGACGAGGCAUCUGUACAGCACUCUACAGCGAUUGUGGAACGACGUUCAAAGGCGCUGAAACUGAUCUCAACCGUCUGUUCACUCAAGGAACUCAAGAGUCAAGAGAAAUACUGGGUCACAUCACUGUGAACUAG